CCGCAGCGCCAUAUAUAUACGGAAACUCUAACUAAAAUGAUAAAGUUAAACAGUCUCGGCGUGUCGAGGAUCGCCUCUCCCGCCCACCAUGCGAGGGAUCAAGAGCUCAGUGGUUACCCUUGGGGUACUACUGUGUGUAGCUGCCGUAUGGGGCAAGGCGCUAAUUCAGCAAAAUCAGCAAUUGACUCAGCAGCAGUUGGAACAGAAGUCUCCGAGCAGCGAUGCGGCGCAGCGGCGGGUGGGGUAUGACUACCCGGCGCCGGACCACGCCGUGAGCCCCUUCCAGGACCAGCUGGACCUGCACGACCACCACGACGACCACCACGACCACCACGAGGAGCACGUCGAACACCACGUGGACCAUCACGAGGAGCAUCAUGACGACCACCACGUGGAGCACCACGACCAUCACGACCACCACGACCAUCACGACCCCGGCUACUGGAAGAAGAAACUCAUCUGGAAACCCGGAUGGAAGAAAAUCUGGAAGCCAGCCAAGAAACAGAUAUGGAAGCCGUCAUGGAAAAAAAUCUGGAAACCGAUAUGGGUCCAAAUCAAGGUUCCCGCCUGGAAAGACAUCAAGGUACCCGACUGGAAAAAGAUAUACAAACCCGAAUGGAAACCCAUCAAAGUUCCGGCAUGGAAGGAGGUGAAGGUACCCGACUGGAAGAAGAUCACAGUCCCCGUGUACAAGGACAUCGUGGUGCCGGGCUGGAAGGACAUACAGGUGCCGGCGUGGAAGAAGGUCUGGAUACCAGAGUGGGUCAAGGUCGGAGUACCUGGAGAAAAAUACUUAGGAAAAGAUCACGAAGGAUGGGAAUACACAUCACAUGACUUAUGGAAGAAAAAACUCAUAUGGAAGCCGAUUUGGAAGAAAUACUGGAAGCCAGCUAAGAAACAGAUCUGGAUCCCCGACAAGAAGUUGGUCUGGAAGGACGAAUGGAAACAAAUCUGGAGAACAGAAAAGAAACAGAUCUGGAUCGACGACAAGAAACUCGUAUGGAAGGAAGCGUGGCAGCAAAUCUGGAAGCCUUCGAAGAAGCUUAUUUGGGUUCCGGACAAGAAGCUGGAGUGGAAGGAGGCGUGGAAGCAGAUCUGGGUUCCCGACUGGAAAGAGAUUUGGGUGCCGGGAGUGAAGAAGAUCUGGCGGCCGGUGUGGAUAUCGGAGUGGUUCCCGUCGCCGGACCACCACGAGCACGUGCAUGAGUCGCACGGCUGGGACCGCAGCGACAGUAAGGGCGCCGCUAGCGAGCCCAAGCCCGCCGUGGCCGCCGCGCCGCAGCCCGCGAGCAAGCCGCAGCAAACCACCUGGCAGUUCCCCAAAUGACCCGAACCACCGACCCAGUUCACUCUUGUAAAUACUAUUUAAGGAUUGGAUCGAAGACAUCCGGCCGCGACCGGACCGCCGCGGCGUCGCUUCGCAGCUCAUCCACCGUCUUAGGUAAUACUCACUUUUGAUACCUUUAUGUCCUGCGUUGCGAAAAAUUAUGCGAUAGUCUUUCUAUAACCACCAAUCGACCGGAACCAAAAGUCAUUAUAAUAGUUACCAUUACUAUAAGUCUGAGUAAGUUACGCGUGUGCUCCGCGCCAAGUGAAUCCCAUCAGAAAAGCCUGUUGGGACGACUGUAUUCACUGAUGUUUGUGUAUAUUGUUGAUGUUUUGUUGUUAUGUUAAGUUUUUAUUAAGUUGUUGUUACAAUUACUUGGAUUAAGUAACUUUAAGCGCAACCAAUGAAAUAAAAUAUGGUGUGUAUUUAAAUAAAA